AUGACCCAGGGGAAGCUCUCUGUGAACAACAAACCCCCCAACUCUGAGGGGCAAGGGGAGAAGAAGGACAAUGCCACGGCUCCACCAGCUCCCCCAACCUAUGAGGAGGCGACAGCGGGAGAAGGGAUGAAGUCUGGUGCUUACCCUCCUCCCCCAUCGGUCCCGCUCCACCCCAGCUGGGCUUAUGUCGACCCCAGCACGAGCCCGAGCUAUGGCAGUGGUGGGUACCCGGGGGACACGGAGAUGCUCACGACCUUCAGCUGGGAUGACAGGAACGUGCGCAGGGUGUUCAUCAGGAAGGUUUAUGCCAUCCUGAUGGUCCAGCUCCUGGUCACUGCUGUUAUUGUGGCUUUCUUCACCUUCUGCGAGCCGGUCAAGGGGUACAUCCAGACACACUCUGCUUGGUAUUGGGCUUCCUAUGCUGUUUUCUUUGUGACCUACUUGAUUCUUGCUUGCUGCUCCGGACCCAGGAGGUAUUUCCCAUGGAAUCUGAUCCUGCUGAGCAUCUUUACACUCUCCAUGGCUUAUCUCACCGGCAUGCUCUCCAGCUACUACAAUACCAAGUCAGUCCUCCUGUGCCUGGGGAUCACAGCCCUGGUGUGCCUGUCUGUCACGAUCUUCAGCUUCCAGACCAAGUUCGACUUCACCUCCUACCAGGGCGUCCUCUUCGUGAUGCUCAUGGUGCUUUUCUUUGGUGGCAUCAUCCUGGCUGUGAUCCUGCCCUACCAAUACGUGAGUAACGACCUGUGCCCCUCCUUCCUCACCCAGUGCCACCAGUCCUGGU